AUGGCCGGAAAUAUCAAAACAGAGCUAAACACCCGCCUGUCGACCUCCAAUGUGAUUGUGGAGGGCGAUGAGGAGUGGGAAGAUGCGCUCGAGCGGUGGACGAAGUAUCGAUCAAAAGUCCCUGCUGCAGUGAUCCAACCAGCUAGCGAGAAGGAUGUGAUGGCAACAGUUUCUUAUGCCGUGCACAACAAUAGACCGUUUGUGAUUAAAGGUGGAGGCCACAGCAAUGGAUUCUCGACCAUCAACAGUCCUGGGAUUGUAAUCGACCUUUCCAAAAUGAAAGAUGUCAACGUUGACGUUGAGAACCUGUUGGUGACUGCGCAAGGUGGAGCAACUAUGGGCGAUGGAAUCAAGGCCGCCGGGGCAGCUGGGUUAGCUAUUGCCACUGGGACGUGCAACGAGGUGGGACUGAUUGGCGCCAUGCUCGGGGGAGGCAUCGGUCGGUUCCUAGGGCUCUGGGGAUACGCGAUAGACACUGUCGUCUCCAUGCGGGUCAUCGUGGUGGAUCAAAGCGGCACGGCCCGCGCAGUUGAAGCAUCACGCGAAGUCAACCAGGAUCUUUUCUGGGGACUACGCGGAUGUGGCCAUCUGUUCGGAGUGGUGGUCCAGGCCACCUUUCGAGCACACCCGUGGCACCAUGAAACCUGGAACAGCUGUCUGGUCUUCAGUCCCGCAGAUGCAGGAAUUGUCGCAGAAGCAGUAGACUGUAUCCACUACGAGGGCGGAAUGCAAGGCCGAAUGGUGUUUUGCGCACCAAAUAAGCAGCCGGUCGUGCUUCUCCAGCUAUGGUACGUUGGACCACCCGAGGAGGCGGCCAACAAAUUCGAGACCCUCUUGUCGCUCCCUAGCAUGAAAGAACACCAGUUGAAUUAUGUUGGCCGUCUGAUCCCGUACCUGAACCUCAACGAUUCCAGUGACCGCAUUUGCGGCUACGCUGGGCGAAAGAAUCUGGCGGCAUUCGGGAUGAAGUCUAUGUCUGCUGACUCGUGCAGUACUGCGCUGAGAGUGUACAUGGACUUCAUCAACAGAUAUCCUGAUGCAGCAUCGACACAUAUCUUGAAUGAGUUCUAUAGUAUGGACGUGGCGAAGGAGCUCGACCCCGACGGUCAGCAGACCUCCAUGGCCAGAGAGGCUCGGCAAGAGGUCAAAUACUGGGUCAUGCCAUUGGCUUGGUACGAGGACCCCGAUCUGGAUGAACACUGUGCACGUCUGAAUCUGGAUAUUCGCGAGGCAUUUUUGACCCAGUCAGGAGGUGAACGUGCCAAUAGUGUAGACUGCGUAGGGUACGUUAAUAUGCCGUUUGAGGAUGAUACUGCGCAUAGCGUUUUCGGCGAGGGAGAACGACUGGACAAACUUCGAAAGAUGAAGGCAAAAUGGGAUCCUCUGGGAGUAUUUCAAGGCUUGAUAAAGUUCUGGUGA